CGGGCCGGGGCAGCCCCGGCCUCUUUCGGAAACUUCUCCGCAAGUCGGCAUGGGCAGGGGGGCCGGUGCCGCCGCCUCGCUGCCGCUGCUGGCGGCGCUCGCCCUGCUGGCCGGCUGCUCGCCCGCCCUGCUCGGGGCGGCCCGGGCCCAGCUCUCCGCAGGGGGAUGUACGUUCGACGAUGGUCCUGGACCCUGUGACUACCACCAAGACUUGUACGAUGACUUCGACUGGGUACAUGUCAGUGCUCAAGAGCCUCACUAUUUGCCGCCUGAGAUGCCUCAAGGAUCAUAUAUGAUAGUGAUUUCCUCAGACCAUGAUCCCGGAGAAAAGACUCGACUCCAGCUUCCAACGAUGAAAGAAAACGAUACUCACUGCAUUGAUUUCAGCUACCUUCUGUACAGCAAGAACGGAGCAAACCCGGGCACUUUGAACAUCCUGGUUAGGGUGAACAAAGGGCCACUGGCUAAUCCCAUCUGGAAUGUUACCGGCUCCACUGGCAAAGACUGGCUUCGAGCGGAGUUGGCUGUCAGCACUUUCUGGCCCAACGAGUAUCAGGUAAUAUUUGAAGCUGAAGUCUCAGAUGGGAGAAAUGGCUACAUUGCCAUUGAUGACAUCCAGGUUCUGAGUUACCCUUGUGAUAAAUCUCCACAUUUCUUGAGGCUGGGGGAUGUAGAGGUCAACGCAGGUCAGAAUGCUACAUUUCAGUGCAUUGCUACGGGGAGAGAUGCAGUGAAUAACAAGUUAUGGCUCCAGAGAAGAAAUGGGGAAGAUAUUCCAGUUGCUCAGACUAAAAAUAUCAAUCACAGAAGAUUUGCUGCUACCUUUAAGUUGCAAGAGGUGACAAAAACUGACCAGGAUUUAUACCGCUGUGUAACUCAAUCAGAGAGAGGUUCUGGAGUGUCAAAUUUUGCUCAACUUAUUGUUCGAGAGCCGCCUCGGCCGAUAGCACCCCCGCAGCUGCUGGGCGUUGGGCCCACGUACUUGCUCAUUCAGCUGAAUGCCAACUCAAUCAUUGGGGAUGGACCCAUUAUCCUGAAAGAAGUGGAGUACCGAAUGACGUCUGGGACCUGGACCGAAACCCAUGCUGUCAAUGCACCGACUUACAAGCUCUGGCACCUGGACCCUGACACCGAAUACGAGAUUCGGGUCCUGCUCACCAGACCGGGCGAAGGUGGGACUGGACAGCCAGGACCACCACUCAUCACCAGGACAAAAUGUGCUGAACCUAUGAGAACACCCAAAACCUUGAAGAUUGCUGAGAUCCAGGCCAGACACAUCGCUGUGGAUUGGGAAUCUCUGGGUUACAACAUCACUCGUUGCCACACUUUCAAUGUCACUAUAUGCUACCACUACUUCUGCGGACACAAUGAGAGCAAGGCCGACUGCUUGGACAUGGACCCCAAAGCACCCCAGCACGUUGUGGAUCACCUGCCUCCCUACACGAAUGUCAGCCUCAAAAUGAUCUUAACCAACCCAGAAGGGAGGAAGGAGAGCGAGGAGACCAUUAUCCAGACAGACGAAGACGUGCCAGGCCCUAUACCUGCCAAGUCGGUGAAAGGAACUCCUUUUGAAGAUAAGAUCUUCCUCAACUGGAAGGAACCUGUGGAUCCAAAUGGCAUCAUUACUCAGUAUGAGGUCAGCUAUAGCAGUAUACGGUCGUUUGAUCCUGCAGUUCCGGUCGCAGGACCUCCACAAACUGUGUCGAAGCUGUGGAACAGCACACACCACAUCUUCUCACACUUGCAUCCUGGUACUACUUACCAGUUCUUCAUACGUGCAAGCACUGUCAAAGGGUUUGGACCAGCAACCACAAUCAAUGUAACAACCAACAUCUCAGCUCCCACUUUACCGGACUACGAAGGAGUCGAUGCAUCUCUCAAUGAAACUGCUACUACAAUAACUGUACUCUUGAGACCAGCACAGGCCAAAGGUGCACCUAUCAGUGCCUACCAGAUCGUUGUUGAGGAGUUGCACCCGCACCGAACAAAGCGAGAAACAGGUGCCAUGGAGUGCUACCAAAUCCCCGUCACCUAUCAGACUGCUCUUAGCGGAGGGUCGCCGUAUUACUUUGCUGCUGAGCUGCCCCCAGGAAACCUGCCAGAGCCAGCACCCUUUACCGUGGGUGACAACAGGACUUACCAGGGUUUCUGGAACCCUCCGCUGGCUCCUCGGAAAGGCUACAACAUCUAUUUCCAGGCCAUGAGCAGUGUUGAGAAGGAAACCAAAACUCAGUGUGUCCGAAUAGCUACAAAAGCAGCAGCAACAGAAGAACCUGAGGUGAUUCCGGAUCCGGCUAAACAAACAGAUAGAGUGGUGAAAAUAGCAGGAAUAAGUGCUGGAAUUCUGGUAUUCAUCCUACUUCUCCUUGUUGUCAUAUUGAUUGUGAAAAAAAGCAAACUUGCGAAGAAGCGCAAGGAUGCCAUGGGGACCACCCGCCAGGAGAUGACACACAUGGUGAAUGCGAUGGAUAGGAGUUACGCUGACCAGAGCACCCUGCAUGCAGAGGAUCCCCUUUCAAUCACAUUUAUGGACUCUCAUAACUUCAGCCCCCGAUUGCCCAAUGAUCCACUUGUGCCGACAGCUGUGUUAGUGCCUAUUACUGAUGAAAAUCACAGUGCGACAGCAGAGUCCAGCCGGCUCCUGGAUGUCCCUCGUUACCUCUGUGAAGGCACAGAAUCCCCAUACCAGACUGGGCAGCUGCACCCUGCCAUCAGGGUGGCUGAUCUCCUGCAGCAUAUUAACCUAAUGAAGACCUCUGACAGCUAUGGAUUUAAAGAGGAGUAUGAGAGUUUCUUUGAGGGGCAGUCAGCUUCUUGGGAUGUCGCUAAGAAGGAUCAAAACAGAACAAAGAACCGCUAUGGAAACAUUAUAGCAUAUGACCACUCCAGGGUGAUUUUGCAACCUGUUGAAGAUGAUCCAUCUUCAGAUUACAUUAAUGCCAACUACAUAGAUAUUUGGCUGUACAGGGAUGGAUAUCAGAGACCAAGUCACUACAUUGCAACCCAAGGUCCAGUUCAUGAGACUGUGUAUGACUUUUGGAGAAUGAUAUGGCAGGAGCAAUCAGCUUGUGUUGUGAUGGUCACAAAUUUAGUGGAAGUUGGGAGAGUCAAGUGUUACAAGUACUGGCCUGACGACACAGAAGUUUAUGGGGACUUCAAAGUGACUUGUGUAGAGAUGGAGCCCCUUGCAGAGUACGUCGUCAGGACCUUCACUCUGGGAAGGAGGGGCUACAAUGAAAUCCGUGAAGUCAAACAGUUUCAUUUCACUGGCUGGCCAGACCAUGGAGUUCCUUACAAUGCCACAGGCCUGCUUUCCUUUAUACGGAGAGUCAAAUUAUCUAACCCUCCUAGUGCAGGGCCUAUUGUUGUCCAUUGCAGUGCUGGUGCUGGACGGACAGGUUGUUAUAUUGUGAUUGAUAUCAUGUUAGAUAUGGCAGAAAGAGAAGGUGUUGUGGAUAUCUACAACUGUGUCAAAGCCUUACGGUCCCGUCGCAUCAACAUGGUACAGACAGAGGAGCAGUACAUCUUUAUUCAUGAUGCCAUUCUAGAAGCUUGCCUGUGUGGAGAAACUGCCAUUCCUGUCUGUGAAUUCAAAGCUGCUUAUUUUGAUAUGAUUAGAAUAGACUCUCAGACAAACUCUUCGCAUCUCAAAGAUGAGUUUCAGACUCUGAAUUCUGUGACCCCUCGCCUGCAAGCGGAGGACUGCAGCAUAGCCUGCUUGCCAAGGAACCACGACAAGAACCGCUUCAUGGAUAUGCUGCCACCUGACAGAUGUCUGCCUUUCUUAAUUACUAUUGAUGGGGAGAGCAGCAACUACAUCAAUGCUGCUCUUAUGGACAGCUACAGGCAGCCAGCAGCUUUUAUUGUCACACAACAUCCUUUACCAAACACUGUGAAAGAUUUCUGGCGACUAGUGUACGACUACGGCUGUACUUCUCUUGUGAUGUUAAAUGAAGUCGACUUAGCACAGGGCUGCCCGCAAUACUGGCCCGAGGAAGGGAUACUGCGGUACGGUCCCAUCCAAGUGGAAUGCAUGUCGUGUUCAAUGGACUGCGACGUCAUAAACCGAAUUUUCAGGAUAUGCAAUCUAACAAGACCACAAGAGGGCUAUCUGAUGGUGCAGCAAUUCCAGUAUUUGGGAUGGGCUUCUCACAGAGAUGUGCCAGCGUCCAAGAGAUCCUUCUUGAAGUUAAUUCUCCAGGUUGAAAAAUGGCAAGAGGAAUGUGAAGAAGGGGAGGGCCGGACCAUCAUCCAUUGCCUAAACGGCGGUGGCCGGAGCGGGAUGUUCUGUGCCAUUGGCAUUGUGGUUGAGAUGGUAAAAAGGCAGAACGUGGUGGACGUUUUCCACGCCGUGAAGACUUUGCGGAACAGUAAGCCCAACAUGGUAGAAACUCCGGAGCAAUAUCGCUUCUGCUACGAUGUUGCGCUGGAGUACUUGGAAUCCUCUUAGUCCGACGGAUGUGACAAAGUUCACUAAAUACAUGAAUCUCAAUAAGCUGUUUUGACAACAGUUCUUGAUCCUGUGAAGAAAGAUUUUA